AUGCAGCUGGGUCCGAUCGACAGCAGCAAGCAGCAGCAGCAGCAGCAGCAGCAGCACAUGCAAUACCCUCAGCAGCAGCAACUGCAGCAGCAGCAGCAGCAGCAGCAAGAGCAGCACAUGCAACGCAGGGAAUAUCUCCACCAUCAGCAACUGCAGCAGCUGCUGCUGCACCCUCCUCAUCAUCAGCAGCAACAACAACAACAACAACAACAACAACAACAACAGCAGCAGCAGCAGCAGCAGCAGCAGCAGCAGCAGGGCCUUCUUUAA